AUGAGGGGCAGCAGCUUCCUCCUCCUCUCCAUCGUGGGCAUCUCUGGGGCUGUUCUCAAUGCAGCAGCGUGGUCGGUGAAUAACUUUCUGAUGACAGGACCUAAGGCGUACCUGACGUACUCCAGCAGCGUGGCGGCGGGCGCACAGAGUGGGAUGGAGGAGUGCAAGUUUCAGUUUGGAUGGGAGCGUUGGAACUGCCCCGAGAGCGCCCUGCAGCUCUCCACCCACAACCGCCUGCGCAGUGCUACCAGAGAGACAUCCUUUGUGCAUGCCAUCAGCUCCGCUGGUGUUAUGUACACCCUGACCAGGAACUGCAGCAUGGGGGACUUUGAGAGCUGUGGCUGUGAUGACUCCAGGAACGGGCGUGUAGGUGGCCGAGGCUGGGUCUGGGGAGGCUGCAGCGACAACGUGGAGUUUGGGGAGAGGAUUUCCAAGCUCUUUGUGGAUGCUUUGGAAACAGGACAUGAUACCCGUGCCCUGAUCAACCUGCACAACAACGAAGUUGGAAGACUCGCUGUGAAAGCCACGAUGAAGCGAGCCUGCAAGUGCCACGGGGUGUCAGGCAGUUGCAGCAUCCAGACAUGCUGGCUCCAGCUCGCCGACUUUCGGGAGAUCGGCAACUACCUGAAGAUGAAAUACGACCAAGCCCAUAAGCUGGAGAUGGACAAGAGGCGGAUGAGAGCCGGCAACAGCGCUGACAGCCGCGGGGCCACUGCCGAGACCUUCCACCACGUCCACUCCACGGAGCUCGUUUUCCUGGAGGACUCCCCUGAUUACUGCACAAAGAACGCCAGCCUGGGCCACCACGGCACCGAGGGCCGCGAGUGCCUACAGACCGGCAGGAACCUCUCGCAGUGGGAGCGGAGGAGCUGCCGGCGGCUCUGCACAGAGUGCGGCCUCAAAGUGGAGGAGAGGAGGACAGAGGUGGUCAGCAGCUGCAACUGCAAGUUCCACUGGUGCUGCACAGUGCGCUGCGAGCAGUGCCGGCAGCUGGUGGCCAAGCACUUCUGCUCCCGCCGCGAUGCCGCUGUUGCCAACCACACCAAGCGGCGGAACAGAGGCCACAGGAGAUAG